AUGCGGCAAAGGGCAAUCAAAAGUAUAGAAACGAGUUCACCGUUGACCGAUCUCGCGGCUCAUGCGCACACGUUCAUGUCCAAAUUGCUCGAUGCGUCGAAUUCCCAUCGAACAGUGCUGUACGUUCCAGAUGAUCAGAGUACUGGUAACUUGGAGAGCGUCGUCGCAAACUGGUCCCGUCAACUUCGCCAGGUGCUCGGGCGCGGCGGGGACGUCGGCGAAGACGACGAGAGCAAGCGCGACGCACAGAGACUGGACGAACGAGUACAGUCCGAUGGACCUUUGAUGCGCAUCAUGAAGUUUUGGCCCGAACGCGCGACGGACUUGCGCGGUGUUCAGGAACAGCUGCAAUCGGAAAGCGUUCGGUUGAUUGUGAAGAAACUCGCGUCGCAGAAAAACGCAAACUACCUGUGCGAUGACAUCGCGGCGUUUGAACAGUUGAUCGUCGACAGAGUUCACUUGGCUGAACGCAUCAGUGACAUGUUCAGCCGCGUCAAGCCCGCAUGCGAAGCUUUGAGCGUCGCACGACUGGCAGACGUCCCGCAAAUCUUGCCGCGCCUCGUUGACGCAAUCUUCCUGGCGUGGCUGAAUACGGAUUCAAACAUCAAAGACGCGGUCAGUGAUCAGUAUGUGGACCUGCUUAAACGUAUCGCCGAUCAAAUUAUGAUUAUUUGCAAAGGUGAGUUGAAUCUGAACCACAUCAUUCAGAACGAUGGUUCGAACGAAGAAGCGUACAACGGCGCAGUUUGUACUCUUCGCGAGUGCGCAUUCGUGGCUGAUGUGUGGAAGAAUAUAUACUUCGAGCGCGCGGCGAUCGAGAGCAGUGGAGCACUGUUGAUUGAUGCGACGACCGUGUUUUCGCAUUUGGAUGCAUUCGCGCAUCGUUGCAGAGAUCUGUUGGAAUUGUGCGAAGCGCAAGAACAAUUUGCGCCGCCGGCGUCUCGCUCAUUCCCAAGCGCAGCGAACGUGGUGCGUUACAGGCUCGACGAUCGACUUGAAGUAAUCCGUCGCGUUUUCCUUGAUGUCGCGAUAAAUGACUUGACCAAGAUUGAGUAUGAUAUUUUGGAUGUGUCCUCGAUGCGAUGGCACGAUGAUUUCGCCGCGUUCAAGUCUCGCGUGAAAAAGUUGGAGAUGAAGAUGUGUGCCAUAUUCGGCGAAGCGUGCGAACGGGCGGAGACGUUACAAGCGCGUGUUUCGCUCCUUCGCUUGUUAUUCACGAAAAUUGCACGUCGAGAUGGUGUUGUUCGCGCAGUCGAAUCUUGCGCCGCUCGCGCGUACUCUAUGUUUGCCGAGGAUUUGCAGUGUGCCAAACGACAGUUUGACGCAAAUCGGAUGAAGCCUCCGAUAGAAUCGAGCUUGCCUCGAACGUUCGGUGCCGUGCACUGGGCCAAUACAUUGCUGCAUCGUCUCGAGAACGACUUCGGUGAGUUACGAAGGGCACACGCGGAGGGUGCGCUACCGCAACUGCCCGAAUCCGUGGAUUUGCUCGCCGUGUACGAUUUAACCAUUCCACAAAUAGAGCGCUUUAUCAACGAAAAAUACGACGAAUGGGUCGUUUAUGUGAACGCAAUGAACGUCGAAGAGCGCCUUGAUCAGCCUUUGCUACGCGCCGACGAUGAUGGGUUAUUGUUCAUCACGUACGCCGUCGACGUAGGCGUUGCGUGCGAGGAUGCUCGAGGAUUCGCAUCCAUGUCUCGAGAAGUACCUGCCAAUAUCAAAGAAGUCGCGUUUGGUGGUAUGCGCUGUGCCCAUGAUGCGUUGUGCGAACGAUUGAGUUCGCUCGUCGAAAGGAACAACACGUUAUUGCGGCAAAUCGGUCGCGACAAGCACGUCAAUCGUCUUUUCCGCGCAAAUGUCGAUAUUUUGAAAAAUCUUUUCGCCGCGGCGUCAAAAGAGCUGACAUGGCGCUCCGAAAUCUCCACCAUCGACGCUUUUUGUGCAGAGUCGGACAAACUCUGCUCGUUUAUGAGUGAAAGUUUGGAAAAGUUUAGAGGAUCGGCUGCGCGCAUCACUGAAAUUCUCGAAGAACUCUCGGCGGUUUCAUUACGGCGCAGGGAAGGUGACCACGUCGACCCGCUGGACGAAUUUAAGAACAUCUACGAACAGGAAACCGUUCAUAUUCGCUCGAAGUUCGGAGAAACAAGUGCGACUAUCUUACAUCUCACUUCACAUCAGCGACAGAGCAUCGGUGACGUUGACACCGCCAGUGAAGCGUGGAUCGCAUAUAUCAAGGACAUUGAAGACGCCGUCGUUCGUGCAUUGCGCAAGGUCUUGUUGCGCACGCUAUCUCAUUUGCAUCUCACGAUGGGCCGAGUGGAGUCUGACUGCGCUCCAUUGAAACCAGUCGUGCUGAUGAGCAUGAACCUUUCAUCCUGCGAUGUUGGCACCAUGCGAGUCGAAACUUCACCGCAAACCACGCAAUUGUGCGAAACCAUCAACACCGUUUUCGACGCCGCGCUCGAUGCGUACGGCUCCGUGCCUCAAAUAUCUCCGCUGAACGAGUCCAUUCAAGAUAGAUUGCUGCGUGAUAACCGGGAUAUGAUUUCGCGCGUAAGAUCGAGUGUCACAAACUCGGUGAAAGACAUCGCCGAAGAUUUGAUGAGAUUUGCCGCACGUUGGGAGGAGCGCUAUUUCCACUUGUGGCGAGAAAACGCCGUCGACGUCAGCGACAACAGCGCGAUUGAAGCCCGCAUUCAUCGCGUGCAGGAGUCGAUGGAGGACGUCAGAAGUGAAGAGCACACGCAUGUGAUCGGGUUCGUCAGAAUCGAAUGUGGAUAUCUCAAGCAAAGUCUUUUGGCUUUAGCUCAGAAUAACGUGCAAGGCAUGAUUUCAGAAUUACGCGCCAAGGCGGCGACUGAAAUCGACGACGUUAUGAGAUACUUUGAAAUGAGUGUCGCCCGUUUCGAACAGCCACCGAGUGACAUAAAUGAGCUCGUCAAGCACGUGAGCGAACUCAAGCAACUACAAACAAACGUUGACUCUGUUCCUGCAUCAUUCGUCAAGCCGCGCGAUAGUUUUCGUAUUUUGAACGAAUUCGUAGACGUCACGGAGACGGAAUCUCAGCGCUUGGCGUCCAUCGAUGACAAGUUUGAAGAGUUCAAGUUUCAGCUAGAGAAGAUCGAGUCAAGCCUCGAUGCGACAAAAGAUGUGUUUCAGAAUGAACUGCGAACAUCAAUCGUGCAACUCGAAAAAGAUGCGAGAGAGUAUAAAGUGAAAUUCGACCGUUUGGCGCCGAUGCAGACGCACCCGGCGUGCGCGAAACGCGCGUGCGACAAGUCGUGGGAGUUUAUCGCGGGCGUUGAUGAGGUCAUCGAACAGUUUGAUCAUCGACUGCGUGUGAUACUGAACGGUUUGGUUGUAUUUGAAGAUCUCGCUCCACCCACACUGGUCGAUAUGGAAGAAUUAAAAGCCGACUUGGAACAACUCAAGAUGGUUUGGCGAGUGGUGCGAGAAUGGAACGACUUGUACGAAGGUUGGAAGGAUGGUAAAUUUAAUGACCUAGAUGUCGAGUCCAUGGAAAACGGCGCUACUCUUUUGUACAAACAAAUCACCAAGCUCGGGCGAGGUAAGGUCAAGGAGUGGGGAACUUGGAUCAGUUUGAAAGAUACGGUUGAUUCGUUCAAGCGCAUCAUGCCGCUCAUCGUUGACAUGCGUAAUCCGGCGGUUCGUCGACGACACUGGGAACUCGUCAUGGAGGCAUGUGGCAAGCAAUUCGAUCCCACAAGCGAAGGUUUCACUCUGGAUAAAGUCGUUGAACUUGGCUUGGACCAUUACGCCGAAGCCAUUUCCGAAAUUAGCACGGAUGCUACGAAGGAAUUAUCCGUGGAGAAUACGCUGCGCGGCAUCGCCGACGUCUGGACAAACGUUGUUCUCGACACCGGUCCGUUCAAGGAAGGGCGCGACGACGUGAUGAAGUUGAGAAGUGCAGAUGAUAUAUUUACCGCAUUGGAAGACAAUACCGUAACUCUGAGUACUUUAAAAGCGAGCAAAUUUUUCUCCGUCUUUGAGCGCACAAUUACGUCGUGGGAAAAGACGCUCGGUGUAGUAAAUGACGUCGUCGAGAUGGUGCUCAAAGUUCAACUAGCGUGGAUGUACUUGGAGAAUAUCUUUAUUGGCAGUGAAGACAUCGCGCGUCAGCUUCCUAGUGAAACGGAAAUGUUUGGCACGAUUAAUACGCGUUUUAUCAAGCUCAUGCAAGAAAUGCACAAGACGAGCAACGUCGUUUUGGCGUGCACGGCGAUGCGCGCGCCCGACAUUGGCGACACCCCAGACGUGUCUCUUCUCAAUGAGCUGAGCGCAAUGGAUUCGAAUCUCGAGCGCAUACAAAAGUCACUCGAUGAUUACCUUGAGUCGAAGCGCCAGAUGUUUCCGCGCUUUUAUUUCCUCAGCAACGACGAUUUACUGCAAAUUUUGGGACAAGCGAAGGAACCGCAGAACAUCCAGCCACAUCUGAAGGGGAUGUUUGAGGGCAUUAAAAAGUUAGAGAUGUACGCUCCCGAUCCCUUGACCGGUCGAAGACAUUGUGAAUCUGUCGCAAUGACUUCUCCUGACGGCGAAACGAUCCCGUUCGAUAAUCCUAUCCGCACCGAGGGCCGACCGGAGGAAUGGCUGAACACAGUCGAGGCGGCGAUGUACUCCGCAACAAGGACACAUUUGGCGAGCACGUUCGAGCAGUGCCGCGCGAAGGGAAUCAAAAAAGAUAAAUGGGUGAAAGACAAUCCUGGACAGAUGUUGAUUACCGCUGGUUGCAUUUCGUGGACGAUGGAGUGCGAGAGGGCGCUUCGAGAUCCGGAGAACGUGAAGGAGGCGCUGAAAAAGUUACGGCGUAAAUGGAUUCAAUACUUGAAUAAACUUGUUGAGCUUACGCGCACACCACUCGACAAAGUGACUCGCAAGAAAGUGACGGCAUUGAUCACUAUCGAAGUACACGCGCGCGAUGCGAUAGAAAAACUCAUCAAGACCGGAUGCUCUUCUCCCAACGAUUUUGAGUGGGUGUCACAGUUACGAUUUUAUUGGGAUCGCGAGACGAGGCAUUGCACUGUGAAGCAAGUGCUCAGUGUUUUCGACUAUGGAUAUGAAUACCAAGGUAACAAUGGCCGCCUGGUUGUGACACCACUUACCGAUCGCUGCUACAUGACGCUCGGUGCCGCUAUGUUUACGCGUCGAGGCGGAAACCCACUCGGACCGGCGGGAACUGGUAAAACAGAAACCGUGAAAGAUUUUGGCAAGGCUUUAGCGCGGUACGUGAUUGUAUUCAAUUGUUCGGAUGGCGUAGACUACAAGAUGACGGGUAAGAUGUUUAGUGGGCUCGCGCAAACUGGCGCAUGGGCGUGUCUGGACGAAUUUAACCGUAUCACGGUGGAGGUACUGUCAGUGGUGGCGACACAAAUUAGCGUCGUCAUGGCCGCCGUGAAGCAGAACUUGAAGAUGUUCGAUUUUGAAGGUCAGCGUAUUCGCUUGAUACCGUCAUGCGGUGUCUUCGUCACCAUGAAUCCAGGCUACGCCGGUCGCGCCGAAUUGCCCGACAAUCUCAAAGCAAUCGUGAGGCCAGUGUCAAUGAUGGUUCCAGAUUUUUGUUUGAUUGCCGAGAUCAUGAUGUUCAGCGAAGGCUUCACAAACGCGAAACCGCUGGCCAAGAAAAUGGUUGCAAUCAUGGAGCUCAGUCAGCAACAGCUCAGUAAGCAAGAUCACUACGAUUACACCUUGCGUUCUUUCAUCAUUCCAAUAUCUCGAGCCGCUGGCGCGAAGAAGCGUCAAGCUCCGCAAGCCGACGAACAAUUGAUCUUAUUCAACGCGAUGAGAGACCUGAUUAUUCCAAAGCUCGUGUACAUUGAUAUUCCACUAUUCAAGGCUCUUCUCAACGACUUGUUCCCUGAAGUCAACGCGCCGCAUGAGGACUCGGCUACUCUGCGAGAGGCACUCGUCCAGGAGUGCCGACUGAACAAUUUGCAACCAGUGGACGCAUGGAUUUCCAAGAUUGUGCAAAUUUUCGAUUGCAAAUCGGCCCGACACGGUAACAUGAUUGUCGGUAAAACUGGCUCGGGCAAAACUCGGGCGCGAGAAAUUCUGAUCAAGGCCAUGUCGCGCUUGAAACAAAGCGGCGUUCAAGGCGAUUUCCAAAAUGUCGAAGUGUAUCCAAUCAACCCACUCGCGUUGUCGAACGACGAACUGUACGGGUCAUUCGAUGAAGCAACACACGAAUGGUCUGACGGAGUUUUGGCCAAAAUUAUGCGAAACGUGUGCAAAGACGAAUCGGCGAAUCAGAAAUGGAUUCUCAUGGACGGGCCCGUCGAUACGCUGUGGAUUGAAAGUAUGAAUACGCUCUUGGACGACAAUAAACUUUUAACGUUGCUUUCGGGCGAACGAAUCAUGAUGAGCCCGCAAGUUUCAAUUUUGUUUGAAGUCGAAGAUCUGUCGCAGGCUUCGCCAGCGACGGUCUCGAGAGCUGGAAUGAUUUAUUUCAACGUCGAAGAUCUUGGUUGGCAGCCGUACGUGGCGAGCUGGCGAUGUGAACGAAAAAAUAGAGAUCGCAGUGAUGUAGACAUAGAAGACGCGCUGUCUAACUGCAUGGACAAGUACAUGGACGAAGUUUUGGGGUUCAAGCGUUCAAAAUGUCGAGAGCCCGUGGCGACGGAUGAGUUAGCGAGCAUUCAUCAGUUUACGACGUUGUUCGAUGCGCACCACAUCCAGAGCGUCGGGGACGUAGAGCCUAUUUUUGUGUUUUGUAUAGUCUGGUCGAUAGGAGGGUCAAUUGAUCACGCAAGCCGCUUACGUUUCGACGCAAUGCUUCACCGUAUAAUGCCUUUGAAGCUGUUCCCGCACACGCCGGCGUCGGCGCCGACGGACACAACUGUCUUCGACUUUUACUACGACGCGGAGCGCCGUGCGUUCGUGCCUUGGGUGGAGAAGAUACCUACCUAUCAUUUACCUCACGAAAACACGCCGUUCUUCAAGAUCAUGAUUCCCACCGUCGAUUCCGUCCGUACAAAGCAUCUAGCGACGCUACUUCUCAAAGCCGGCAUGAACACUCUCAUCGUCGGUAACGUCGGCGCGGGUAAAUCAAUGGUGGUAGACUCUUGUCUUUCCGAGCUACCAGAAGGAUACAUUGGAAGUAGAAUAACAUUCAGUGCACAAACGAGCUCAAAUUCGCUUCAGGAAACAAUCGAAGGUAAGCUUGAGAAGCGCUCAAAAGGAAGCCUCGCGCCUCCCGGCGGUCGAAAGCUCAUCCUGGCAAUUGACGAUUUGAACAUGCCGAAGAAGAGCGAGUUUGGUUUCAUCCCUCCGCUCGAGUUGCUAAAAUUAUGGCAUGACAAUGGGUUUUGGUAUGACCGAUCGAAGCAAGAGCGAACACACGUCAGUGAUAUGAAGCUUCUCGCGGCGAUGGCGCCCCCGGGCGGCGGCAGAAAUCCGUUCUCGCAGCGUGUUCUAUCCAUUUUUGCGGUUCUAAACAUGGUGGAUCCAUCCGACGCACAGCUUGAGCGUAUUUAUGGCACAAUUCUUGGGGAAACGCAGGGUGGGUUCGACCAAUCGAUCGCAUCGAUCGGCACGACUAUUGCCAAGGCGUCCAUAGCGGUGUACAACUCCCUCGCUCGCGAACUUCUCCCGACUCCGACGAAGAGUCAUUAUCUGUUCAACACUCGCGAUCUCGCAAAAGUCAUUCAAGGAGUCACUCGCGCUACAAAACAGUUUUACGACUCGAAAGAGUCCAUCUUGCAACUGUGGAUUCACGAAAACUUGCGUGUCUUUGGUGAUCGUCUUUGGGAUGUCAACGAUUCGUCGUGGCUCAGGAGGCAAAUCGACACCAACAUGCGACUACACUUCGGAGUCUCGUGGAAUGAGGUGCUCUCGACGGGUGCGACGACGUCUGUCGCGAGUGAAGUCGACGAGAAACUCAAUGAAUGUCAUCCAUUCGUAUCAUUCAUGCGCCAAGGUUUAGAUGUUCCGCCGUACGAAGCCGUCGUCGACGCGCCGGCCUUGAAAGAGUUUCUCACAGAAAAGCUUGAAGACUACGGAUUGGAACCGGGCAACGCGCCUAUGGAUCUCGUACUUUUCAACGACGCAAUAAUGCACGUUUGUCGAAUACACCGUGUCUUGACUCAACCUCGCGGACACGCGAUGCUUGUGGGCGUUGGUGGAAGCGGUCGCAAAUCGCUCGCUCGACUCGCUGCUUACGUUGCCGAGAUGAAAUCAUUUUCAAUCGAGAUCACGAAGAACUACAAGCAGCUCGAAUUCAGGGAAGAUCUCAAAUCACUGUAUCGUCAAACAGGAGUCGCCGGCAAGCCUACGGUGUUCGUGUUGGAUGACACGCAAAUCGUCAAAGAGACUUUUCUGGAGGACGUGAACAACGCGUUGACGUCUGGGGAAAUACCAGGUUUAUUUGCAAAGGAUGAAAUUAGCGCGAUUUGCGAGGAUAUGCGCAAGAUCGCAAAAGCACAGAGUAUUCGUGCGGUGACUCACGACGAGCUUUUCGCAUUCUUCAUGGAGCGAGUGAUGCAAAAUCUUCACAUCGUCUUGUGCAUGUCGCCAAUUGGAGACGCGUUUCGCGAGCGAACGAGAAUGUUCCCGGGGUUGGUUAAUUGCUGCACGAUUAAUUGGUUCAAAGAUUGGCCCGUUGACGCGUUGGAAGAAGUCGCGAUGAAGAAAUUACGAGACGACGACGUGAAUGCGAAGGUGAAAGCGGACUUGUGCAAAAUUUUUGGAAUGAUUCACGCAUCGACGGUUUCGACGGCGGAUGAAAUGUUUAAUGCGAUUAAGCGCAAGAUGUACGUCACGCCAACGAACUACAUCGAGUUUGUCAACUUUUUUAGAGCACUUAUGGUGGAAAAGAAGCGCGAGUUCAACGCGAAAAUUACAAAGCUUCGAGGUGGUUUGACCAAGCUCGCGGAAACAGAAGUCCAAGUUCGUGAAAUGCAGAGCGUGUGCAAGGACAAGGCUGCAGUCGUCGCACAGGCAAAGAAAGACUGCGAAGAAUUGCUUAAAGUCAUCGUCCAAGACAAACGCGCAGCAGACGAACAAAGUAUGCGCGUGAGCGCGGAGGCGGAGCGCAUAGAGGUUGAGGCAAAGAAGGCGAAUGCAAUCGCCGACGAGUGCCAACUAAAACUUGACGAGGCGUUGCCUGCGCUCCAAGAAGCAGAGGCAGCUUUGAACGUUUUGACGAAAAAGGACAUGGGUGAACUCAAGUCUUACGUUAAACCUCCAGCCCUAGUGGAACUGUGCUUAAAGGGUGUGCUCACCGUACUCAAGCGGCCGACGACAUGGGAUGAGUCGAAGAAGCAGCUUGGCGACUCUGGAUUCUUGGAGCGAUUGCUGAACUUCGACAAGGACACGCUCGUCGACAGCUUGCUGACGAAGAUCGCAAAGUUUGUGAACAAUCCCGAUUAUCAGCCUGACGUCAUCGGGAAAGUCUCCAACGCCGCAAAGGGGUUGUGCAAGUGGGUGCAUGCCAUGUACUCGUACGGAAACGUCGCGCGGGAAAUUGCGCCAAAAAGAUUAAUGCUCAAGCAAGCACAAGACGAGCUCAAAGGCAAGCAGGACGCACUCGCGCUCACACAAGCUAACUUGGCGGAAGUGAUGGCGAAAGUCGCCGCGCUGAAGGAAAAUUACGAAAAGUCUGCGUCGAAUAAGGCGUCGUUGGAAAACGAACUCGCAGAUUUGGAGCUCAAACUCGAACGAGCCGAGGCGUUAGUCGAUGGAUUAUCCGGUGAGAAAAAGAGAUGGGUGAAAUCGAUUGAAGACUUUGAGUCGCAGAUCGAGCGACUUCCGGGUGAUGUGUGCAUUGCCGCAGCUUUCAUGAGUUACGCCGGGGCGUUUCCAUCAGAGUAUCGCAAGGCGCUCGUGACGGAUUGUUGGAUGCCAAUGUUGAAGGAGAUGGCGAUUCCGUGCACCUUGGAGUUUGACUUUGCGAGUUUUCUCGCGAAUCCUUCCGAUGUGCGAGACUGGAAUAUUCAAGGUUUACCAGCCGAUUCGUUUAGCACCGAGAACGCCGUCAUCGUCACUCGCGGUAAUCGAUGGCCGCUUCUCAUCGAUCCGCAGGGGCAAGGAAACAAAUGGAUCAAAUCGAUGGAGUCGGCGAAUGGUUUAAUCGUCACAACUUUACACGCGCCUGAUAUGGUGCGACAAGUUGAACACGGCAUUCAGUUCGGCGUUCCUGUGCUCAUUCAGGAUGUGAAAGAAACGAUAGAUCCGAUUCUGGAAAACAUCGUGGCGAAAGUAUUCAUAAAAAAGGGCGGCUCGGUAACUGUGAAACUUGGCGACAAAGAUUUGGAUUACUCGCCAAAGUUCCGACUAUAUUUCACGACAAAAAUGAUGAAUCCGCACUACACGCCAGAAGUGAGCACCAAGCUCGCCGUCACCAACUUCACCGUGAAGGAACAAGGAUUGAAUGCACAGCUAAGAGAUUUAGUCGUUCGCCGCGAGAGGCCGGAGCUCGACGCGCAAAAGAAUGAACUCGUCGUAAAGGUUGCGCGGGGUAAACGGAAGCUCAGUGAACUCGAAGACCUAAUUUUGGAUUUACUAAGCAGAGCCUCUGGAUCUUUGCUGGAUAAUAUCGAGCUCAUCGAUUCUUUAACGCGCUCAAAAAAUACAAGUGAGGAAGUCACGGCGAGCCUAAAAGUCGCCGAAACCACCGGAGUGGAAAUUGAGAACGCAGCUGCGGCUUACGCCCCUGUGGCGAAGCGAGCGACGAUUCUGUACUUUACGUUAUACAACCUGGCCGAUAUAGAUCCAAUGUACCAGUUUAGCUUGGAUGCAUACACGAGCUUGUUCGACGCGUCGAUCACAAAGUCGCGCCGGCAAAACGCGGACGAAGAUAGCGUCGACGUCAACGAAAGACUGGCCAUCUUGAACGAUUAUCACACAUACGCCGUGUACAGGUACACCUCCAGAGGCUUAUUUGAGUCGCAUAAACUUCUUCUCAGCUUACAAAUGUGCGUUCGCAUUCAAUCAGAAGAAGGAGCGAUACCUUCGGCUGAGUGGCAAUAUUUCGUGCGGGGAAGCGCCGGUGGCGUGCGCGAGAAACACGAAGUGGUCAUGCGCGCUGAAGUGGGCGCGUGGUUGAGUACAGAUCAGUGGUCGAACGUCGUCGCGCUCGCUCGAGCGUUUGAAGAUGCUCUCUCAGACCUUCCAACUUCCAUAAAUGAAAUGCACGCGGACGAGUGGCGAGUCUGGUAUCGACAUUCAAAGCCAGAGACGCAAGCGUUGCCUGGCGCGUGGGGUGAGAGUCUCAGCGCACUUCAAAAACUUUUGAUUUUGCGCGCGCUUCGCUUAGACCGUGUGGAAAGCGCGAUAAGACAGUUUGUUGCGGAUAAUCUUGGCGCAAAAUUCGUCGAUCCGCCGGUGCUCAACUUGAAUGAAGUUUAUUUCGAUUCAGCGUGCGAGGUUCCGUGUAUCUUUGUCUUGAGUGCGGGCGUCGAUCCCGUGGCAAACUUGAGACAAUUGGCCACUAGCAAAGGAAUGAGCGACAAGCUGUUCACCGUCGCUCUCGGACAGGGGCAAGCUUCGAUUGCGACCGAACUCAUCGAACGCGGAAGAAAGGAAGGCCACUGGGUGUUCCUCGCUAACUGCCACCUCAUGAUUUCAUGGCUGCCAAAGCUUCAAGAAAUCAUCGAAGACUUUGAUAGCGAAGCUCCGCACGAAAACUUUAGACUUUGGCUAUCCUCAAAUCCGACUCCCGCGUUCCCGCUGGCGAUUCUCCAACGCGGUCUGAAAAUGACGACGGAACCGCCAAAAGGUUUGCGCGCGAAUUUAGCGCGACUGUAUAGCACUUGCGUUUCGGAAGAAUCUUUCGCGCAAUGCGCGAACAAAACCAAAUAUGGUCGAUUGUUGUUUUCGUUAUCGUUCUUCCAUGCACUGUUGCUAGAGCGUAGAAAGUUCGGAACUCUCGGUUUAAACAUUCCGUACGAUUUCAACGACACGGAUUUUUCCGUCUCUGACGAUUUACUUAAAUCGUAUUUGGAUGGCUACGAAGAAACACCCUGGGAUGCGUUGCGAUAUUUAAUCGGCGAAGCAAAUUACGGCGGACGCGUGACCGACGAAAUCGAUAGACGCGUGAUUAAAGCGUAUCUGCUGCAAUUCUUUUGCGAAGACGUAUUGCGAGAGGAAGCGGCGUACGAAUUGUGCGAAGGCCCGAGCGGCAAAGUGUAUUGUAUCCCGUCGAAUACGAAUGAACUCAAAAAUCAUCGCGAGUUUGUGAACAAACUUCCGCUCAGUGAUCAAGCCGACGCUUUUGGGCAGCAUCCAAACGCUGACAUCUCCUACAUGAUUGCGGAAAGCGAAGCCAUUCUUAGCGCGAGCGCUAAAUUUCAAGUCUGCGACGGCGGUUCGACAGCGAGUUCUAGUUCCAGCGCCGCCGCCCAAAUGGAGGCAAACGUGCUCGCAGUUAUCGGCGAAAUGCUCGAGACGAUUCCCAAACCGCUGGAUUACGGAGCGAUCGCGCAGAAAAAAAGCACAGACAUGAGCCCUCUCAACGUCAAUUUGCUCCAAGAAAUCGAGCGCUACAACGCGCUACUGGGUACGCUUUCCCUCACUUUGCAACGACUUCGCAAGGGCAUAAAUGGAACGGUUCUGAUGUCGAGCGAGCUGGAUGACGUGUACGAUGCGUUGGCGGCAAACAAAGUCCCAGCUGCGUUUCUCAAGGCGUAUCCGUCUCUCAAGCCUUUGACUUCAUGGACGCUCGACUUGAUUUGUCGUGUCGAACAGCUCUCCGCGUGGGGACACGGAACGUAUCCCAAGACUUACUGGUUGGGCGGAUUUACGUAUCCGACGUGCUUUCUGACGUCUGUACUCCAGAUGACGGCGCGACGAGACGGCAUCGCCAUCGACGCGCUCUCGUUUUCAUUCUCAAUCGUCGACGAAAGCGACAGCGAUCAAUCGCCAGAGGACGGCGUCUACGUUCGAGAUCUCUACCUGGAAGGUGCGGGUUGGAAUCACGAGAAAAAGUGCUUAUGUGAACCGGACACCAUGAAACUCAUCGUCAAAAUGCCCGUGAUGCACUUCAAACCUACGGAGCGGAAGAACAAAGCGUCCGCGUCGAACGUCACGUAUCAAGCGCCGCUGUAUAUGUACGGUCGCAGGACGGGGACGCGCGAGCGCCCGUCGUUCGUCACGAUGGUCGACCUAGAUGCGGGCGGCGUCGACCCAUCGCAGUGGAUCAAGCGCGGCACCGCUCUACUGCUGUCGCUGUCGAACUGA